UUUACUCCAGACGCGUAAAACGGACCGAAGGCGCAGAGUCGAGCAUCGGAGCAGGAGCCGAGUAGAGUGAGACUGAGAGAGGAGGAGGACAGAGGACAGAGGACAGAGGACUCUGCGCUGUUGGAUGUAGCUGUUUGCGGGUGUUUUGAUUUCAUCUUUUUUUGCGGGGAAUGUGCGGCUCGUCCUCGGCUACUCUCCAACUUUGUGAAUCGCUGCUCUCAUGGUGAGAGGCGGACGCAGAGGAUGGGAGUAACCUGGUCCUCCAAAUGCCUCGCACUCUGUCUAGCUCUACACAUAGUCUCUGUGUUGCAGACGGUGCUGGUCAGUGCAGGUCAAUGUGACUCCGUGUUCAGAGGUUUCUCAGACUGUCUCAUCAAGCUGGGGGACAACAUGGCCAAAUAUCCCCAGGACCUGGACGACAGGGAGAACCUGCACCAGAUCUGCAAUUACUGGAAUGAUUUCCACUCUUGUGCCACGACGGCGCUGGCCGACUGCCAGGAGGGAGCGACGGACCUCUGGGAUAAACUGAAAAAGGAGUCCCGCAACCUGAAUUUUCGUGGGAGUUUGUUUGAACUCUGUGGCGGCGGCAACGGAGCCCCCAGAUCCGCCGACGGAGCCAGGGGCCUCGGCUUGCUCCUAACCACGCUGCCCACCAUACUAACUUGGCUGGCAUUUUAACAGGAACGAGGAAGAAAAACAACAACAACAACAUAGAAGCACAGAGCGAAAAGAAGUAAAAAAAAAGAAAAAAAAAGAAGAAAAAAAAGAAAAUCUAAAAAGAGCGAUAGCUUCUCUUCAGUACUAAAAAUACAGCUUCAAGGACCGAGUUUGAAUUCAUCACAAGAAAAUACACCCAAACCGGAUUUUUACUACUUCAUCACGGUGCGGCCUGGUUUGCGUUGCUGGGGCGUCUGCAGGCCGUCUCCCCGGAGCUCUCAUCCAAUCACACGCUGACCUGACCCAGAGGUCGAUAACAUGAAAUAUUCAGCACGCCGUUGGUCUGAAAUGAUGACAAUGAUGAAAAUUUGAUGGAUCCUUGCCCGCUUACAAUCGUGGAAUUACACAGUAUUAAAGUCAACCAUGAAUUAUUGAUGUUUCAGUAGGCUAGGCCUAGACAGCACUAUGUGACUGCGGGUGCUGACACGGUAUCAGGCUAUAUAUUAGAGUUCCCAUAUAGCCCAAGGUACAUAUUCAUGUGUAACGUGUGGCCAGGCUUAACUCCACAAAAUCAAUAAGACACGCCAAGGCCAAGAGAACAUUCAGCUGUCGCCUUUUCAUCAUGGACAGUUUUACCUUUUUUUUUUUGUUUUUAUUUAAAUAUCUAUCUAAGUUUGCUCGGUUGAGCGUGGUACAUUUGAUGGACUGAAUGCUUGACGGUGAUGUAAUAUUUGUACUCGUACUGGCUGUUUAUUGUAUUCAGGCCGCGGUCACACCAGCUUUUAUCCUUUCCAAUACAUUUUUUUGCAAGAUGUCUGCAAUACUGACCUUCGACGUGAGUCUGUUCCUCACUUUGCAGCGCUUUACUUUCCACCACGAUAGCUACUCCUCCACACAAACCAUGCCACGGGAGGAAGUCUUGCUCUGACAGUCUCUGGUGUGACCGCAGCCAUUUUGUUUUCCCCCACCGCCAAACACUGAGGUGCAGGGAUGUAGUUGAGUAUAACGCCUGCUUUUCUGUAAUGAACUGAUUGAUAGCCUGCAUGAUAUCAGUUCAGAGAGUCUCUAAACACUUCAGGAAAUGGGUUCAAACGGUUUGAAAAUCUGGACAACGAAAGUAACUGGAGGUAACUUACAACAAACUGGAUCCGUUCCCCAAAAACUACCAUGAGUCAACCAUGUGCGUCAGCCUGGAGCUUGUGGCUGCCUGAGUAUUAGUUUAAAAUGUUAGCAGCUAAAAUACACUGAUGUAGCUAAGCUAACAGUAUUUGAGAUUGUGUUAGGUUAGCUAACAGUUUGGUUAGCAGCUACUUCAGAAAUCACACUGGAUAAACAUGACAGGUUUAGCACCUAAAACAUACCGAGCUAGCUUAGCUAACAGUUUGACGACAAACAAAGAUUAAGACGGGUGUUUGACACCUUUUGAGGUUAAAACCAGCAAAUGUUUGUUUUGUCUUGGCAGCUAAAUGGAUUGCGUUAGGUCGGUUACCAUUUGGCUACCAGCACAAACUCAUUAGAUUAGGUUAGCUAACGGUUUAGGUUAGCAGUUAAUCCGGCUUAAUUAACCACAUUGGCUAAAUAUAACAAGCUAUGUUUAAAUAAUGAGUUAGCUUAGCUCAGAGUAGCUAAGUAAUACAAAUUAUUAAGCACAGACAAGAGUUAAGAGUUAAAGGCUAAAACAGAUUAACAAAUCGCACUGGUUAAAUAUUUUUAGCCUAGUAGCAUAAUAGUCUAAAUCACCAAUGUGCUUGCUAGAAAAUGGGUUUUUUCAUGUUUUACAAAAACAUAUGACUUUUACGGCAAUUAUGCUGCUAGGCUAUGAAAUGUCAAAAUUUACGGAGCUAGCUUAGCCUAGCUAAUGGUUUGGCCAAAACAGAUGUCAUAUAAGUGGUAUUGUUUUAGGUUAGCUAACAGUUUAGAUUAGCAGCUAAAUCUGAUUAUUUUGUUUGAGAGAAGUCAAAGUCAACUUUAUUGUCAGUUCUGACACAUACACAGGAUUUAAAUUUACUUCCUCAAAAGCCUUCGGUGCAACUUUAACAUAAAACACAACACAAGGAUAGUUGAUCAAGUUUUUGAUUUUUGGUUGGAUCAAUAAAAACUCCCCUCCAAGUAGAAAAGAACAAAUUACGUUUUAGGACUCAUUUCCUGAAAAUCCCUUGAAAACACGUUAAUAAUUCAGAGUAAACUUCAGCGGCUUCAUUCGGACAUGGAAGUAGCAGAACAAGUACAAUGAACUUGUUCGAUUUCCGCCAUCUUUCCAUCAGAAGUGAAUGAAUCUGGGAGCUAAACGGUUUCUGGAGGAGGAUGAUUAGAAACGUCGACAGCAAUACGAAGACUUCAAGGCCAGUGUAGCUAAAAAAAAUAAAAAUAAAAUAAUCUAACCGUGGCUGAAGAGUGAUAUGACUGUUGCCAUUUAGCACAUCUCCUCUUUUCAUACCGGUGGUUCAUAGUUGUUGACCUUAGCUGAUAUAUUUUAGAUCUGUAUGUUAGAUUAAAGAGUCCCAACAGUACAGUAGCAUCAUAAAUGACACUAAUACAGUAAAUAAAUUGGAGGAAGUUGUUUAUUUCUUUGCUGAGGCACUGACAAUGUUUCCACUGCCUUCUGACAAAAAGAUGUGUACUUCUGUUCGUUUGUUGGUUUGUCUCUUUGUUUAUGAGGAUGAUGCGUUAAAAAUAAGAGUUUAAAAAAAAAUGGACUUAUUCCAAAAAGCAUCUAACGAGAGAACAUGUAUAUGAAAAGGAUUUUCAGAAAAUAAAAUAAUAAAAAAGCGCUCUAUUAUAUAACUAGAUAGUCUAUCCCAGACAGUUUUAACACAGGAUUGAUACUUUACAGAUUAUAGGACUACUGAUAUAUAAAAAAUAACAGACUGCUAAAAUGAUAAAGAGUAAUAAAUAAAAUGACUAUUUGAAA